AUGCCCGUCCGGGAGCAUGACCAAGCUGACCGUCAGGGCUCUGAGAGCUCUGGGAAUACCAGCUACAGAUCACAAGAAACAGUGCGAGAUAGCGAGGGACCAACCAGGAAUCCGACUAAGUCAGCACCUACUGGUCGUGAUGCCGAACCGUUCCCCGGCACCCUGAUGGCAAGAUCCGGAUCGUCACAAGCUCCGCGAAUCGACUGGGGGUCUUCACAUUGGUCAUGGAGUUCACCGGAUAUUUCGCCCACCGAAGAACGCAAAGGCUCUGGCUUCAGCAAGGAUCGAAAAGCGCUCGCGAUUCUUGGGGCUGGUGACGAUUUUUCACGAUCCUUUAAUUCCAGCCCACAACCCACAACUACCAACCCCGGUCGUUCCAGUCGAGAUGGACUUGAUUCGAUCGCACCAUGGGCAACGACAGCCGGUUCAGAUGGAGCUGGGACCUUUUUCAAUGACUACUCUGAGCAUGAGGCAUCUCCAGCGUCUGCAACAUUUCGCCCGACAACAGGACGGACUUUCGCCAGUGAACCAGCUGAGAUGGAUUACAACCGAGACCAUCGGAGACCAUCCACUGCGAGUAUGACAAGCAGCCAAGGAUCCAAAUCAAGUAUCCAUAAAUGGGGGAGGAAAAAGUCUAAAGCAACUACUGAUGAAAACACGGCUUCCGACGAGCCGGAUGAUGGCCAGCAGAAUCCCCCAAGCAGACGAGGAGGACCUAUCGACCAAUUGAAAGCUCGUGAACGAGCAAAUUCCGACGGGUCAGACCCGUCACAGCGGCCUUCGCGACCACGAGCUGAAACUCCCCUACCAUCCAGUGAUAUCACUCCUUGGGUGUACCAGAAUAUAAAGGAUGUCUCCCAUUAUGGGGAAGCACCUGUGCGCCAAGUACCUAUCGGACCUGAUGGUCAACGACUUGAAUCUCGUGCUGGAACGAACUCUGGAACUCGGGAUUCUAGUCGACGCGGGGCCAAUGGACAUAGACAUUCUCGGAGUAAGGAGGAACGACCCACGCUUGCAGGUGACCUGGCUGGCUACCAUCGCCCCUCUGGUGGGCGCGAUGACCUUUUUUUGGGACUCAAGCCCUCCAAUGACAGCUAUCUCACCUCCAACACUGCUAUGAGUUCAGUCACCAACCUUGGUGGUCGGUCUGCGAGUCCGACUCCAAGCGUGCAGAGCGCUAUCUACCGUGAUAGCGGCCAAAGUUCUCCAGGUGGUCCGCCAACAAAACGCGGCAUUUUUGAUCGGGUGGCAAGACACCUUAAGCCGGGAUCUCACAAGCCCCACGAUAAGAGCAAGCGCGAUCAAUCCCCUAAUCGCCGCAGACAGCCUAGCCUUGAAGGAGUAUCUACUCCCCGUCAUACGGACCCAGCGGAGCCUGAGCGGAAGAAGGAGUCUGGCAAAGGGCUUGGCAUUGCUGCGCGCAAGUUUCCUCGGCGCGGCUUUACUCAUUUGGGAGAAAUACCUAAAGAUGGGCCAUCCCAAAAAGAUGACAGUCAUGUUUUCAAGCUCAACACAGAUCUCACGGAUCUCAAUGGUAUUGUUCGUACCGACCAAGGGUUAAUGAAUCGUGGCCUGGACGGCACAACUACGCCACGCGAAGAACUCAACCUACCUGACAUGUUGCAGCCAGAUCAAUUUGUCGACGAUAGCUGGCACGCGCCCGAUAGUUGGCAAGUUAAGAAGCAACAAUAUGACAUGGAACUGGAAGCACAGGAUACCGCACCGAAGCCUACUACAGGCCUCCGUGAUCGUGACGGACCCUCCUAUUUCAUUCGAGUCUUCCGCAUAGACCAUACCUUUGCCACGCUUUCUGCCGGCCUGAAUUCGACAGUCGCUGAAAUUCUCUAUAUGCUUGGCCGAAAAUCGUUCUUGUCUGAUCACCUGAACAAUUAUGAAAUCGUUCUGCGGACAAACGAUCUGUCACGGCAACUUGACCACAAAGAGCGCCCGAUUCUCAUGCAGAAGCAGCUUUUAGAAAAAGUCGGAUACACCGAAAAGGACCGGAUUGAGGAUAUUGGUCGCGAGGACCACAGUUAUCUCUGUCGUUUCAUCUUCCUGCCUACGAAGUUAAGCGGAUAUACUAGCCUGGAAGCUGACCCUGGCUUCAGCAAGAUGCAGAAGUUUAGCCAUGUGGAUCUACAAGGGCGAAGCCUUGUUACCAUUCCCAUCACUCUUUACAAGAAAUCUUCGGAGAUCAUCUCCCUUAAUUUGUCUCGGAAUCUAUCACUGGAUGUGCCCAAGGACUUCAUUCAAAGCUGCAUCAAUCUGCGAGAGAUCAAAUUUAUUGGGAAUGAGGCUACAUACUUGCCGACCAGUUUCAGUUUGGCGAGUCGAUUGACUUAUCUUGAUGUGUCCAAUAACUUCUUGGACCAGUUGGAACAUGCACGCCUCGACCGACUAACCGGCCUUGUGAGCAUCAAGUUGGCAAAUAAUCAGUUGACGACACUGCCCAGCUAUUUUGCAAAAUUCCAGUCUCUUCGAAGCUUGACCAUGUCUUCCAAUAGCUUCAAGGUUUUCCCGGAAUGUCUCUGUGAGCUGAAGAGUUUGGUUGACCUGGACAUCAGCUUUAACGGCAUUGAAGAGCUACCGAAUAUUGGUCGGUUAACCACGCUGGAGCGACUCUGGAUGACGAAUAAUAACAUGAGUGGCCCCCUUGACCAAUCCUUUCAGAAGCUUGUGAACCUAAAGGAGAUCGAUGGGCGCUUCAACGCGGUCUCAAAUAUUGAUAGUCUCUCUCGGCUUCCACGGCUGGAACAAGUAUUCUUUGGCCAUAACUUGGUAUCCAAGUUUAAGGGAGCGUUCCCGAGACUGCGCAGCUUGCACUUGGAUCACUGUCCCUUAACCCAAUUCGACAUUGACGCACCCAUGCCUACCCUAUCUUCUCUCAACCUUGCAUCUGCCAAACUCUCCCAGUUUCGCGACGGGAUGUAUGAAAACAUGCCUAAUGUUUCUAAGCUGAUUUUGGACAAAAAUCAUCUUUCAUCAGUUUCUGUACAAAUUGGCAAGUUGCGUCGCCUUGAACAUUUCAGUAUCAUCAAGAAUCCGCUCUCAUCAUUACCUCCCACCAUUGGAUGCUUGACCGAACUUCGGGAUUUCAAUGCAAGAGAGUGUAAUCUGAAGGCACUGCCUGAGGAGAUCUGGCACUGCUCCAAGCUUGAAACUCUUAAUGUGUCAACCAAUAUCCUGGCAACUUUCCCCAAGCAUGGUGCACCAAUUCCGUUAGUGCCCGGGGAACCACCGCCAACCCCCGUGACAACCCCUGGAGUGUUGGGCAAUCCUAGCUAUGAAGAGUUAGGACCACUAAAUGAAGUGGACACUCGCCGGGAAAGCGAAAGCUCUGGCGGGCCUCCUACAUCAGGUACAUCGCCAAACGGAUCCUAUCGAAACCCGUCAAUUGUUCCAUCCGUUGGUCAGUCCAGAAAAGUUUCGGCAGCAUCUCGAUCGGCCAAUACAGAAGGGAGCUCGAACUCUAGAAAGGACUCAUACUUCUCCCAGCAAGGCGCAGCGAUCACGUUUUCGGGUUCUCUUCGAAACCUGUAUCUUGCUGAUAACCGCCUGGAAGAUGAUGUGUUCCGUGAACUGAUUCGCCUUCCUGAGUUGCGAAUCGUCAACCUCUCUUAUAACGAAUUAACUGAGGUACCCCCGGGGGUUCUAAGACGAUGGCCAUUGAUCUCAGAGCUUUACUUGUCUGGCAAUGAGCUGACCUGCCUUCCGUCUGACGACCUGGAAGAAAUCAAUCAACUUAAGGUUCUCCAUAUAAACGCGAACCGCUUCCAGGUUCUGCCAGCAGAAUUGUGCAAAGUCAGCAAGCUAUCUAUCCUUGACGUUGGAAGCAACGGUCUGAAGUACAAUGUCUCCAACUGGCCUUAUGAUUGGAAUUGGAACUGGAAUCGCGGUCUUAAGUACUUGAACUUUUCAGGUAAUAAGCGACUUGAGAUAAAACCCAAUAUUUCGUCCUUGGGCCCACCUUCCGGCAAUGGUGCAGAUCUCACAGACUUCACAUCCUUGACCCAUCUGCGGGUCUUAGGGUUGAUGGACGUGACUCUUACAAUCCCCACCAUUCCAGAGGAAACGGAAGACCGCCGUGUGAGAACGUCUGCCUCGUUAGCUGGCUCCUUGGCCUAUGGAAUGGCGGAUACGCUGGGCCGGACCGAGCAUCUUUCCAUCAUCGACAUGAUUGUCCCACGUUUGAAGCCAGAUAAUGUUGAGACCUUGGUCGGCAUGUUCGAUGGCCAAAUCAACUCGAGCGGUGGUUCUCGAGUUGCAAAGUAUCUACAUGAGCAUUUCACGCCUACCUUCUCUCAUGAGCUGAAAAAGCUUCACCCUGAUCAGGGUGAAACCCCCGUUGACGCGUUACGACGGGCUUUCCUGGCCUUGAACAAAAAUAUGGCAGGGUCUGCCUACAGGUCGAUUGAUGACCGCGAACUUCGCCAAUAUCAUCGCGGGUCCAAUGCUUCCAAACAACUCAACCAAGACGACAUUCAGUCUGGUGGAGUUGCAACCGUGUUGUACUUGAACAACAUGGAGCUAUAUGCUGCAAACGUCGGUGAUGCGCAGGCAAUCCUUGUCAAGUCGGAUGGUUCGCUCCGCUAUCUCACCAAAGUUCACGAUCCCGCUGAAGCGACUGAACGAGCUCGUAUCCGUGCCGCAGGAGGUUUCGUGGCCCGCAAUGGCAAGCUCAACGAUACUCUCACGGUGUCUCGAUGCUUUGGCCAUUUCCCGAUGAUGCCAGCCGUUAUUGCUGCCCCUUCCACCAUGCACACAACCUUGACAGAGCAAGAUGAGAUGAUAAUUUUAGCUUCAAAAGAGCUUUGGGACUAUGUGACGCCCGAGCUUGUCGUCGAUAUAACACGUGGGGCGUACCCAGAUCUCAUGUUCGCAGCUCAAAAACUUCGAGAUUUGGCCAUCUCAUUUGGUGCUACCAACAAGCUAAUGGUAAUGAUCCUUGGCGUGAGUGAGCUCCAGAAGAAGCAAAAGAAGUGGCCAAGGCCCAGCGUCUCCUUAGGCCCUUCUGCCUUCCCAGAAGAUCAGCUCAUUUCUACAUCCAAGCUUCGCAAGAAGCCUCGUGAUAUCCCUAGUGAUUCUCGUCUUGCGCGGUUCGAUUAUGUGGAUGCUCCCAUUGGUGAGCUGGCCAUCAUUUUCACCGAUAUCAAAAAGUCAACCGGCCUCUGGGAAGCGUGUCCAGAUGCCAUGCGCUCAGCUAUUCAGAUCCAUAAUGAUAUUCUCCGACGACAACUUGGCAUUAUCGGUGGUUAUGAAGUUAAGACAGAAGGUGAUGCUUUCAUGGUGGCAUUCGCAACGACCACUGCUGCUAUGCUGUGGUGCUUCAACUGUCAAAACCAGCUUCUUGAAGCUGAGUGGCCCACCGAGAUACUUGAGCAGCCACAGUGUCAAGUCGUUGUGGACAUGGACAACAACAUCAUAUUCCGUGGUCUGUCUGUCCGCAUGGGCGGACAUUGGGGCGAGCCAGUUUGUGAGAAAGACCCGGUGACUAACCGCAUGGACUACUUUGGCCCCAUGGUGAAUCGAGCGUCUCGAGUUUCUGCUGUCGCCGAUGGUGGCCAGACAUUUGUGUCAUCCGACUUCAUGAGCGAUAUUCAGCGCAAUCUGGAGAUCUUUGCUGAUGCCGAACGUUCCGCGUCAACCAGUUCCACCGAUAGCCAGUCGCGAGUAGACAGUCUUGGCCACAAUAUUCGUCGUGAGCUACAGCAACUCAACAGUCAGGGUUUCGUGAUCAAAGAUCAGGGCGAGAGAAAGUUGAAAGGCCUGGAGAAUCCAGAACCGCUCUUCCUUGUCUACCCGCAUUCGCUUGCCGGUCGCCUCGCUGCCCAGGAAGAGGCCAAUGAUGCAGGUGGCCCGGCUCAAGUCACGCCUAACUCAGAACUGCAGCUCAAGACCGAUCUGAUCUGGCGUCUUUGGGAAGUCACCCUCCGACUGGAACGAAUUUGUGGUGCUCUGGAGAAUCCAGCCAAUCCACAGCUUAGAGAGCCAAAUGUUGCUCUGUUCAACAUGGUCAAAAAUCACGGUGGUGAAUUGAACGAUUCCACGGUAAUCAGCCUGGUUGACCAACAAGUCACUAGAAUUGAGGCAACCAUCAAUACUCUUUCUGUGCGAAACAUGAUGCGUCCUUUCAAACCAGGCGAUCGUCUCGAAGACCAUGCCGUUCCCAUCGGCGAAGUGAUGCAACAAUUGCACACUCAAAUGGCCGAAUACCGCGCCCUGAAAGAGCAGAUGGCCGGCAAUGGGAAUGCAGGCAUUCCCGUCGGAUCCCCUCCAUUCGGUGGCACCCCUAUUAUGCAUGCCGCUGAGAGUAACGCGAGUAACGACACAUCCUCCUCAUCCUCCUUCCUCAGCCUUUCUGGGGCAACCGACGCUCGCUCUCUUGAUACUCCGCGCAAUUCUCAUUGA